AUGCGCCGGUUUGACGCCGACAAGGAGAACCGCGUGGCCUCCAGCUACUCGCAGCGCGCGCUGCUGUCGGCGCGCCAGCUCAAGCCCAGCGGCGGCACUGCCACCGCCUCUGGCGCCAUGAAGCGGCCACACAACCAGGCAGACGCCUCGCGAUACCCGCGCAAAGCUGGCGGAGACCGAACGGCUGCGUCUCGACGGCCACAGGGCGAUGCGGCAGCGCCUCAUGCCAGCUCCUCCUAUCUCCACGGUACUGGCAUGGGGCUGUACAAGCCCACAGCGGCAUCCACAGCUGCCAAGAGCUCCAGUCGAGUGGGUGCAAGCACUAAGACCACAGCGACAGCUGCAUCGACUACCAGAACGGAAGCUGCAGCAGCGACGACGACGACUGAAAGCAAGACGAACGAGUCGGCGGCUGGCAAGAAGACGUGGAAGCUCAGCGACUUUGAGAUCGGCAAGCCGCUAGGCAAGGGCAAGUUCGGCAACGUGUACCUGGCCAGAGAGAAGCAGUCCAAGUACGUGGUGGCGCUCAAGGUGCUGAACAAGCAGCAGCUCAUGAAGUCCAGCAUGGAGUAUCAGCUGCGGCGCGAGAUCGAGAUCCAGUCGCACUUACGUCACAAGUCCAUUCUGCGGCUAUACGGCUACUUCUACGACAGCAAGAGAGUGUACCUCAUCAUCGAGUACGCGCCGCAGGGGGAGCUCUACAAGAAGCUGAUGCGCGCCGGCCGCUUCUCGGAGAAACAGUCGGCCAUGUACAUUCAGGAGAUGGCGCGUGCUCUUAUCUACAUGCACAGCAAGCACGUGAUCCAUCGAGACAUCAAGCCCGAGAACCUGCUGGUCGGCUUCAACGGGGAGCUCAAGAUCGCCGACUUCGGCUGGUCGGUGCACGCGCCGUCGUCAAGACGCACGACGCUGUGCGGCACCCUGGACUACCUGCCGCCCGAGAUGAUCGAGAACAAGCCCCACGACGAGAACGUGGACGUGUGGACGCUCGGCAUCCUCAUGUUCGAGUUCCUGACGGGCGCGCCUCCCUUCGAGACGGAGAACACCAAGGAGACGUACCGCCGCAUCGCGCACGUGGACCUCCAGUUCCCGAGCCACGUGUCUGCGGAGGCUCGAGACCUGCUGCUGAAGAUCCUGCGCCACGAACCGCGGCAGCGUCUCCCGCUUGAGCGUGUGCUGCAGCACCCGUGGGUCUUGCAGCACUGCUCGGAGCCCAGCAGCAGCACCUAG